AUGUCUGCCCUUACGCCACAGACAUCCAUCCACCUCCCCCUGGAGAUUCAAGAGAGCAUUGCCGAUUACGCCACAGCCAACUCCAAAUACCAUGGCAAGGGGCAUCUUAGGACCCUUCGCCAGGUGAGCCGGUCAUUCUGUGCUGCUGCCUCUCGAGCCCUCUUCACCAACUGCACUGUCUACAUCGAAGACAGCACAAAUAACAGUCCCUUUUCCGACCUGAACGUCCUCCACCAAAGCAACAUCAGUCAAUAUAUACGCACCUUAAUCAUCGAAUGCCGACCUCCCUGGGACCACAUCCUAACUAAUCCCGACAUCAUCCAACAAUGGAUCAACCUUCUCUCCACCACCCUCCCCCGUCUCGUCCGCCUCCGCCGCCUGGAAUACCAAACCAUAAAGAACGGCACCCCAGACCAAGAGAACCUCUCCCGCCACUUCGCCAACCUCCUCGUCCACUGUCUAGAAGCCUACCCCCCUCCCUUCCUCCAAGAAAUCGACUUUCAACAUAACUCUCCCCAAUUCUACGACUGUGACAACGAUACCUUAUAUCCAGCCACAGCACAGCAUAUCCCUCACCCCGUGAUAGCCCGCCUCCGCCACAUCCAACUCUCAUACUACUCCUCAGCAUCGUCGCUCUUCGAGCGCGAACCAACCGCGAUCUUCAGCCUUCUCAGACACGCCCGACGUCUCGUCUCAGUCGAGCUUUCUGGCCAAAUGGACGGCAGAAACAUGACUGCCAAGUCAUGUCCAUCUCUCGUCCAUCCAGAUGCGCCGUUGCGGUCUUUCACACUCGAGAAUGUCUCGGUUAGUGCGAAGAGGCUGCGCGGGCUAAGACAUUUUCAUAAGACGCUACGACAUGUAGCAUUCCGUGGAGUGUCGUUGACUGCUGGGACGUGGGAGGAUGUGCUGUCUGAGCUGGGGCAGUUGGAGGGACUAGUUCUUUUGGAGGUGGAAAUGUGCGGGUACGAGAUAACGGCUAAGAUGGAGACGGAGAGGGUCGGGGGAUUAGUGCCUAGCUCUAAGAUCGCGACAUCGCGCUGUGGGGAUCUUACGGCGUUGGAGUUGUGCGUUGCUGCGGUUAAGGGGCAUAGGAGUAGGAUUGAGUAUGAAGCGAUUCCACCGGUUGUGGAUCCCUUUGGAAGAGGUGUUAUUGUCUGUUAG